AUGGCAACUAAAACGCCUGCAUCGCCAAGAAAAAAAAGAGGAACCAGACGAUCAGGAAAAUAUGUGGCUAAAGUUGAUACCAGUCAAGCUCGAUCAAAUAUCGAAGUCCUUCGAAUGUGUCUGCAAGAACUCGGUUGGAAAGAAUGUAUCUCUGGUUGCGCCAUCGAUUCUGAUAUCUAUUGGCAUUCGGCGGUAUUUCAGGAAGGCAAUAGGAAUUUCGGUUUUUCUUCAGCAAGAGUAAACAAAUUUCCAGGUAUGUGUGAUCUCUUACGUAAAACCAGUUUGACACGUUCAUUAAACGUUAUGCGAACUUUAUUUCCUGAAGAAUUCGAUUUCUAUCCGAAGACAUGGUUUCUACCCGAACAAAAUGAACAAUUUCAAAAAUAUGCUAGUUCAAUGCACGAUGAAAAUCGAAGACGAAAACGACCUCUCACAACAUUCAUUGUCAAACCAUCAGAUGGCUCACAGGGUGAAGGUAUCUAUUUGAUUCGAGACCCGGCUCGUUAUAACGCUACUAAUCGACCACAUGUCGUUCAAAAAUAUAUUGAUCGACCACUCCUCAUUGACGGUCUAAAAUUUGAUAUAAGAAUCUAUGUACUGAUUUUUAAUCUGGAUCCUUUGGAAAUCUUCCUUUAUAACGAAGGUUUGGUACGUUUCGCUACAGUCAAUUACCAACCACCAUCGGCUACCAAUCUCCACCAAACGUUCAUGCAUUUAACCAAUUAUUCUUUGAAUAAACGGAGCGCGAAUUAUAAACAUGCCUCUGAUGAGGACCAAAUUAAUGCUAGUAAGCGAAAAUUAACUCUUGUCUGGUCACAAUUGAGUCAACAAUUCAGUUCGAAUGAAGUUGAACGAGCCAAACUGUUGAUCGAAGAAAUGAUCAACAAAACGAUCUUAGCAAUUCUACCUGAACUUCGCAUUGAAUACGUGUCCGAAUUACCAUUGACUCGAAAACAGAAUCGAUGCUUUCAGAUUAUAGGCUUCGAUAUUAUUCUCACCGAUCAACUAAAACCGAUUUUACUCGAAGUAAACGCGAAUCCUUCGUUGCGAAUCGAUUUCGAUCACGAAAAUGAAGCUGGUAAAUUCAUUUCACAGCCGAGUCCAAUCGAUGAAGAAAUUAAGAAACCCCUCGUGUUGGAAACAUUAAAAUUUGUGAUGCUACGACGUAAUCAAUUAGAACCAAGCAUUGAAAUCAUUGCUUCUGAAGACCAAAAUAUUGUUCAAAACCAAGUCGAAGAGCACAAUGAAGCUGAGAGCAAAAAUGCAGACAAGAUCCAUAAAGAGACGCAAUCGAAAAGCAUGCUUAAAAAUGCAACACUUAUGAAAAAAGUUGAACCAAACCUGACCGAUACGGAAGAAGAAUCACAAGACUCCACUGAGGACACAAUCAGCGAAGCUGUCUCUGUAGACAAAUUCAUAAACACUAUCAAAUCCAAUAAAAGUGUGAUCCAAUCACCGAUGAGUCGAAUUCUGAAGGCCACUCAUACUCCAAUAGUUACCCCAGUGAAGUCACUCAAGAUGAUUUAUCCGACAACAUCUCCAAACAAAUAUGAAAACAUGCUUUUACUGGAAAAAAUUGCUUUUAUCUACAUAGAAUUAGUGAUCAGACGUGGAUACAAAACAAUGACUAAUCGGCAAUUCCGUCACUUUGCAAGCAUCUCUGGUGUUAUUGAUUCCUCAAUCACGAUACCAUCAGUUGAUAUGCUCUAUGCUCAAAUUUUCUACAAAUGGAAAUCAUUCGUCGUGAAACCCUCAACAACCGGACUUCAUUUUCCAGCAUUCAUCGAAGCUUUGUUUUUACUUGCUCAACGUAAAUAUUCAUCUUCUGGUACUCUCCUCAGCAGUGUUAUUGAGCUGACCAAGUCUUGUGUUCGACAAUUGGAUCUCUGUGUCGAAGUUUAA